UCAAUUCAAUUUCCUUCCGAAUAAAUUCGAAUUUUCCGAUUAAUUCCGAUUAAUAAAUCCCUGAUUUAUUUUCUUCGAUUUUUUGUUUUUUUUUAAGUGUUGAUAAAUUAGUAAUCAUGUCGGUUGAAGCGAUGAAUAUGUCGAUGAAUCCUGACGCCGUCUUCAUCCCCCCCGAGCAGCAGCAGCAGCAGGGCCGCGAGGUGCAGCAGGAGCGCAAAGAAGCCCAGCAGACCAGCUACAUGACCUCGCAGGUCAAGGUCCCCAUGAUGCACCUGCCCUCGCCCUUCAUGAGCACCGGAUUCUCCGCCCAGGAACUCAUCGGUGAAGGCUUCCAGGCGUCCAUUUCGCGCAUCAGCGCCGUGUCGGAGGACAUGCGCCAGCUGGACAGUCCCGAGCUGGACGAGGAGGCCCGCAAGGACAUGGCCGCCAAGCAGCGCGAGCACGACAUGCUGACGCAGCAGUACGAGAAGGAGGUGGAGCGCAAGACGGAGGCCUACCGCAAACUGCAGGAGGCCGAGGCCGACAAGAUCCGCAAGGAGCUGGAGAAGCAGCAUCUGCGCGACGUGGAGUUCCGCAAGGACAUGGUGGAGAUGGCCAUCGACAACCAGAAACGCCAGAUCGACCUGGAGAGCCGCUACGCCAAGAAGGAGAUGGACCGCGAGCGCACCCGCUGCCGUCUCAUGCUCGAACAGCAGAAAUUCCACAGCGACAUUUCGGUCAACCUGGAAGCCAGCGCCGCCCACACGGAAACCUCCGGACAGUGCGUGUCGGAAUCUCAAAAGUUCACCGAAAACAACCGCCAACUCAAGAAGUAAACCCCGCCCCCAACGAAUUCCCCUCCGCGAUAUUUUCUACCUAUCCUUAACAAUAUUUAAAAAAAUCCCUUUUCAACAUUAAUAGCUUGUUUUCUUGCAAUUCUCUAAAUGUUCACCAUGUGAGCAAAAUUAAUUAAAAUUUUUGUACCGUAUAAGAUUUUGUACAGAAACUGUCUGUCUGUCAAACGCGAAAAUGAGAAUAAUUAAUAAAACGUGGUAACUGA